AUGACAGUAAGUUGUAGAACUGAUGAAAUUUUUUGUUCCCGCUAUUAUACUGAUGAGCAGCGUCUUUGCAAAACUUUGCAAUGGCAUAUAUUGCUUUUAGAAUGACGAAGCCACUUCAUUGUGAAACCACAGCAUGACAGAAUUUUUGCAACUCGUCAACCAUGUGAUGGAAUGUUCGGCUGUGAGGAGGAAUCUAUUAAAAAUGGCUAAGCCUUAAAGGAAUUGGUAUGCAUUGACGCGCUUUCUGGUAUCAAUAUUUGAAGGUUGUGAACUGCGCGGUGUCAAUGUGUCUUUCUAUAAGAAACUAAAUUUUUCAUGUACGUGCAACAGUUGUUAACAGAAAAAUAUGUUUGAAAACAUUUGCAAAGAUAAGGCUAUCAAAUAGAGAGAGACCUACUAAAUACCUUCAUAGCAACAGGGAGGCUAGGUUCAAGGUGAAAUCCAGUGGUUAAAUCGCCUGUGACCAAGCUCACUGCAGUCCUGGAUCGGAGUUUACACGUUCAAAAUUUCGGUCGAAGGCAAUUACAAUCAGCUGGAAAAAAUACUAAAAUUGCUUUUGAACUUUUAAAAUAUAAUGACAUUUAAUAAGAGGGGGGGAAAGGGUAUUUUCGUGAGCCGUGAAUGAUCAAUAUUUGUUCGCGUGAAAUGUGAAAUGCUUGAUUUUAGUGUCGUGAAAUGUGAUUUGUUCUACAGCCGUGAGGCAUGAUUGUCGAUAAAAAUGCUCCGUGAAAUGAGAAUUAAGGAUGUCUGUUUCGUGAACUGUGAUUUUGCUUUGUUUAUUUCGAUCUAUUUAUAAUAGUCAUAAUAAACAUGAUACGCGAUAAUCAAAUUUAUAUGAUCUCACUCGAUUGCACAUGGGUAAAAACGUCGGAGGCCUUUCGCGAGGUUCGUCACGCUGAGGACAAGGUUCGUCACGCUGAGGACAAGGUUCGUCACGCUGAGGACAAGGUUCGUCACGCUGAGGACAAGGUUCGUCACGCUGAGGACAAGGUUCGUCACGCUGAGGACAAGGUUCGUCACGCUGAGGACAAGGUUCCUGACGCGAGGACAAGGUUCCUGAUGCUGAGGACAAGGUUCCUGACGCUGAGGACAAGGUUCCUGACGCUAGAGGACAAGGUUCCUGACGCUGAGGACUAGGUUCCUGACGCUGAGGACAAGGUUCCUGACGCUGAGGACAAGGUUCCUGACGCUGAGGACAAGGUUCCUGACGCUGAGGACAAGGUUCCUGACGCUGAGGACAAGGUUCCUGACGCUGAGGACAAGGUUCCUGACGCUGAGGACAAGGUUCCUGACGCUGAGGACAAGGUUCCUGACGCUGAAGACAAGGUUCCUGACGCUGAGGAACGUAAAUUGGGAAAGUUUUUUUGACCGAUCAAAGUCCUCGUGUAGGAAUAAAUAGUGUUUUUUCCAACAUGUUUCUCCUUAGAUGCAAACAACGGUAGCUUGGUUUUGUACAUUUCAUAUCCGGUGAAUGAACACUGAAAAAUUCACCCGAUGGCACUUCGUUUUGUAUAUUUCAUUUCCGGUGAAUGAACACGGAUGCACACCGAUUACACUUUGUUUUGUACAUUUCAUUUUAGUGAAUACACACCCAAUAUGAAUGAAACGCGAUACAUUUUGAAAAAAUAGUUAAUGGGAAAAAGUAAAUAAAACGUUCUUUGAUAUAAUAAUAUAAAAUCAAACGCAAAUGCACUUUCUCAUCAGAAAGAAUGAAAAUCUUCCAGUAGACCCAGUUGGGAAAGCCCCUUUAAGCUACUUCAAUUGGGAAGAGUCUGUCAAACGCACAGUAUAUGGGCUAGCUAACACCCUGACUUAAUGAGUUAGACAUGAAAAUUGGUUGCCCAGAAUACAAUGCACUUGUCAUCAGGUCCAGCGCUCUCCCCUUGAUGAGUAAAAUCAUCUGGUGUUAGACAGAGUAUAAAAUACUUGCGAUAGAUAAACCAGGCGGAAAUCGUAAUCUUAGAAUAAAUAUUAAUGCCCAGCAUAAAACACGUAAAAGAGCCAUAACAAAAAUAUAAUUUAAAAUAUUUAUUUGAAAGCUAACGUUUCGCCUUUAACUUAAGACAUCUUCAGAGCAAUGACAUACAAAGCUUUGUAUGUCAUUGCUCUGAAGAUGUCUUAAGUUAAAGGCGAAACGUUAGCUUUCAAAUAUUUUAAAUUAUAUUUUUGUUAUGGCUCUUUUACGUGUUUUAUGCUGGGCAUUAAUAUUUAUCCUAAGAGUAUAAAAUAAUAAAGUAAGGUCAUUUUAUAACAAAGUCAUUUGAAGACUUAAUUAAUCAUAAAGUGUUGAUUUGAGCUGAUCUAACUUGCCCUAAUUGGAAGUGGUUUGUAUAUUUCAUAACUUAGUAAAUGCACACCCUUCUACAGAGUAAGUCAUAAGCCAUGUGUCUUGUUUGUCAGUCACGGUCGAACUCGGCUGAGUAA